CACUUCUUUGCACCUUACAACUUACGAACUAAGAAAGUUUAAAACUGAGAAGUGAGAAAGAAGAAUAGCGGAAGCUAUAAGUAAAAAAGAUUUACGCUAUGCCCCCCAGGAAAGAACCCUGCAGAAAUUUCCUGCGCGGCAGCUGCCAAUAUGGUGAACAUUGUAAAUUUCUUCAUGUUGCCCAACAACAGCCGAAGCCAAAUCCAUUUGGGUUUGGCAACCAGCCCUCUAAUUUUCAGAGUACGAAUCUGCAACAGACAAAGUCCAACCCUUAUGGUUUCGGUGUUCAGAACAACUUCCAGUCUAGAGGAUCCAACGAUCUGGGGCCCAAGCAGAGUCAAUAUAAGCCUUUCGAAAAUAAGUGGACUCGUUCUACAAGUACCAACAGUUCUUCAUCGCGGCAAUCUGAUAAUCAGCCUGUAGCACCUAAUCACACCUGCACAGAUUCUGGCUCAUGCAGACGCCAGAUUAUGGAAGAUUUUAAUAAUGAGAAGCCAAUGUGGUUGCUUACAUGCUAUGGUCAUCGAAAAAACGGUCCAUGUGAUGUUACCGGUGAUGUUAGCUAUGAAGAGCUACGAGCAGCAGCAUAUGAUGAUGCGAAACGUGGACAGAGCUUGAUGUCUAUUGUUGAGAGAGAGAGGAACAUGCUCAAUUCUAAAGCAGCUGAAUUUGAAAAUCUAUUGCGGAAUUAUGUAGCUCCAUCAACUUCUGUUCCUAAUGGUCAAAGUCCUUUUCCCGGUGCCGCCCCGAAUGCUUCAUUGAGUGCUCAAAGCCCUUUUCCUGGUACCGCGCCGAAUGCUUCAUUGAGUGCUCAAAGUCCUUUUCCUGGUACCGCGCUGAAUGCCUCAUUGAGUGCUCAAAGUCCUUUUCCUGGUACCACGCCGAAUGCCUCAUUGAGUGCUCAAAGUCCUUUUCCUGGUGCCGCGCCAAAUGCAUCGUUGAGUGAUCAAAGCAGUUUUCCUCCUUCAGCCUCAAGUUUUAGUCAGUUGGGAGCUUUACUGAAUACAGGGGCAUCUGCUCCAACUAAUACAUUUGGGAAACCCAGUCCCCUUGGGAACUCUGUUAAGACAUCAAGUUCUUCUGGGGCGAAUGCUUUUUCAUUUGGGAAUGCAGGUUCAGGUUCCUUUGGCUUCGGAAGCCAAGUCACAUCCCAGUCACAUCAAAAUCCUUUCACUCCCAGCAAUAUUUCAGCAAGUUCUGAGAGGAACCCAUUUUCUACCUCAACUACCUCGCAACAUUUUCCUAAUCCCUCUAGCGGCCAACUUCCAACUCCUCAGGGGCAUUUUUCUGCUUCAGUUGCGGUGUCCCCUUUCAACAUCAACUUGAUGAAUGCUGCAUCAACAGAGGAAUUCAGUGGGGAUAACAGCAUUUGGACAAAGAAGGAAUGGAAAAUUGGGGAGAUUCCAGAAGAAGCACCCCCAGACAAAUAUAUCUUUUAGGACUGUUUCUGGCACCUGCCUAUUGAAGGUUGUCAGUGUAAAUCAGAUACAGAAGAAAUUUCUUUUUUGUGACAUGGUUCGUUGUCAAAGAAGCAGAGAAUUUUGGACAUAUGGUGAAGUUCCGAACACGUUAUUGCUUGUGAAGGCGGGUUUACAAUAUCUUCUCCCUUUAUACGCUUCCAAAGAGGGGUCAAAGAUCGUUUUCUCAGCUGUUGAAAGAGUUGUAAUAUCAUCAAGUUGAGAGCUUGUAUAAGCUCUAUCAUUGCUUGUAUAAGAGUCAAAGAAGAAAAAAGAAAUUGAUAAGAUAAGUCAUGAUAUUUCUUUAUUAAUGUUAUUUGAAUAGUUAUAGUAAUAAGGUGUAGAAAUGGCUAGCCAAAUCCCAAUUACUACGAGUAUCAAAAUUUUGUUUUCUCAAGUUGCCAA